AUGUUGUUGUUAUCUCGUAUUGCUGCUCUGGCAGCCCUGAGUUGUAUCGUCGCUGCUGCUCCUUCCUCAAAGUCUCACAAAUCUUCCGCUGUUAACACUACAACAUGUGGUGGCCAGACUUAUGUCUACCAAGAAAUGGCUGGUUAUGGAUUCGUGCCUGGUAAUGCCAGAGACAAGUUCGGUGAUACUCUUGGAGGGAUUGGUUCCUCCAUUGCCAUCGACAAGAACACUUGGAAGAAGAAGGGACAAUCUUAUUCUGGAAUCUUGUGGGCUUUACCUGACAGAGGAUGGAACACACAAGGAACGCUCAACUUCCAGAACCGUGUGCACAAGUUUGAGAUUACAUUGUCCUUGAACAGCAGUGCGACUGUGAAAUCACCCUCGGGACCUAAUCUGGACCUCCGAUAUCUGGAUACGGUUCUCUUCACUGACCCCAAGAGUAUUCCUGUGACUGGACUAGAUCCUGACGCCGAUGGCCCAUAUCUGCAAUAUCCUGGCUUCCCCCAAUUACCCUCUACAACAUAUACAGGUGACGGCUUUGGCAACAACGGCACAGGCGGCCACAGAGUAUCCGUUGACUCCGAAGGCUUGAUAUUAAAUUCGGACGGCUCAUUCUGGGUCUCCGAUGAAUACGGUCCUUACAUCUACAAGUUCUCUCCUUCGGGACAAAUGCUCGAUGCCAUUCGUCCACCCAACGCAACAAUUCCUCUACGUAACAAUACCGAAAGCUUCAAUGCCGAUUCAGCUCCAGUCUACAACCCCAACUUCGCAAUCACACCCGAAGACCCCUCAGAUGGAAGAGCAAACAACCAAGGGCUCGAAGGCCUCACCGCAUCACCCGAUGGCAAAAAACUGUACGCUCUCAUGCAGUCAGCACUAAACCAAGAAGGCGGACUCAAGAAGAAGAACCGCCGAUACGCUCGCUUGCUUCAAUAUUCCAUCGCUUCCUCCCCAGCAGUCUACGAGGCUGAGUACGUAGUUCCCCUCCCCCUCUACUCCGACGGCAGUGUAGCGGGACAAUCAGAAAUCCACUUUCUGACUCCAACACAAUUCUUCAUCCUCGCCAGAGAUUCAGGCGCCGGACACGGUCAAGAUUCUUCCGAAAGUGUAUAUCGCCACAUCGACAUUUUUGACAUUUCCAACGCUACGGAUAUCAAGACUGCUAGCAAUGACGCUUUUGACGGCGCUAUUGCUUCUACAAAGGGAAGCUUGGAUAAAGGCAUUCAAGCAGCUACCUAUUGCUCUUUCCUAGAUUUUAACGUCAAUGCUCAACUCAACAGAUUUGGGGUGCAUAAUGGAGGAGCGCAGGAUGCAGGACUGUUGAAUGAGAAGUGGGAGUCAAUCGCUACCGUGCCUGUCAACGGUAAUGGAAGUGACGGCGAGUAUUUUGUUUUCUCGCUUAGUGACAAUGACUUUAUCACACAAGAUGGAUAUAUGGACUUUGGCAAGUACAAGUACAAAGAUGCUUCCGGGUUCAACUUGGACAACCAGGCUUUGGUGUUUAAAGUCCAAUUGCCCAAGGGCGUUUCACCCUAG